ACCAUGGCGGAGUACAGCUCUCUGCUCAGCGACCUGUCUGAAAACAUCACCAACGAAGACUUGGAACAGCUCAAGUCGGCCUGCAAGGAGGACAUCCCCGAGGACCAGAGCAACAACAUCACCUCCUCCAAGGAGUGGUUCAGCUACCUGGAGAAGAACGACAAGCUGGCCCAAGAUAACCUGUCGUACAUUGAGCACAUCUUCGAGAUUUCGCGGCGACCGGACCUUCUGACGAGGGUGAUCGAGUACCGCACCACCGUGCUGAAGAUCUCCGAGGACGAUGAGAUCGACACCAAGCUCACACGCAUUCCCUCAGCCAAGAAAUACAAAGACAUCAUCCGCCAGCCCUCUGAAGACGAGAUCAUCAAGUUGGCCCCUCCCCCUAAAAAAGUGUGAGGUCAUGACCCCGAGCCCUGAUCUUUGCACCUUGAUUUCUUCAGUCCUGGCACUCCCAAUCAACCGACCGACCGUUUCCAACAAACCCCAUCACCCCCUUCACACAUAUAUACACACACA